GUGCUGGCUUCUCAGCAGUGACAGUGCACGGCCAGAGCCGAGGGACAGCAGUCAUCUGUGUGUAGGUAGGGUGAGCCAGGGAAAACGGAGCGGAGGACACACGGAGGAUUGGAAGGCCCGGAGAUACCAGAGGAGGAGAAGGUGUGAGCGGGAGGGAGGGGAAGCAGGAGCCGCCCCGCAGGAGGAGGAGGGGAGAUACAGAGGAAGAAGCAGAAGAGAACAGAACAGAGCUCGUCCCGGCUCUUCCCUCCUCUCUGACAGCCCGCCCGCCUGAUGUGACAUCGUCUCCACCAAUACAACACCAUGGCCACCCCCGUGACCUGCACCCGCUUCACCGACGAGUACCAGCUCUACGAGGAGCUCGGCAAGGGUGCCUUUUCUGUAGUCCGAAGAUGCGUGAAGAAAUCCACCAGUCAGGAAUAUGCUGCAAAGAUUAUCAAUACUAAGAAGCUGUCUGCUAGAGAUCACCAGAAGCUUGAACGCGAGGCUCGGAUUUGCCGUCUUCUGAAGCAUCCUAAUAUUGUGCGCCUCCACGAAAGUAUUUCAGAAGAAGGUUUUCAUUAUCUUGUGUUUGACCUGGUCACAGGUGGAGAGCUGUUUGAAGACAUUGUAGCGAGAGAAUACUACAGUGAGGCAGAUGCCAGCCACUGUAUUCACCAGAUUCUGGAGAGUGUCAACCACAUCCACCAACAUGACAUCGUCCACAGGGAUCUUAAGCCUGAGAACCUGUUAUUGGCCAGCAAAUGCAAGGGGGCUGCUGUGAAACUGGCUGACUUUGGUCUUGCCAUUGAAGUCCAGGGAGACCAGCAAGCAUGGUUUGGUUUUGCCGGCACACCAGGAUACCUCUCACCAGAGGUAUUGAGGAAAGACCCUUAUGGAAAGCCAGUUGACAUAUGGGCCUGUGGGGUCAUUCUGUACAUAUUAUUAGUGGGUUAUCCUCCUUUCUGGGAUGAGGAUCAGCAUAAGCUCUACCAGCAAAUCAAAGCUGGAGCAUAUGACUUCCCUUCACCUGAGUGGGAUACGGUGACCCCGGAAGCAAAGAAUUUAAUCAAUCAGAUGCUGACAAUAAACCCAGCAAAACGCAUCACAGCAGAUCAGGCUCUGAAGCACCCAUGGGUCUGCCAACGAUCAACAGUUGCCUCAAUGAUGCACAGACAAGAGACUGUAGAAUGCUUGAGGAAGUUCAAUGCACGGAGAAAGCUUAAAGGUGCAAUUCUCACUACAAUGCUGGUAUCUCGAAAUUUUUCAGGUGGAGGUAAUAGAAGAGAGAAAAAGGAAAACACUACAGUUGGCAGGCAAAGCUCCGCCCCCGUUGCAGCCGCAACCAGCGCUGCCAACUUGGCUGAGCAAGCUGCCAAAAGUCUAUUAAACAAGAAGACCGAUGGAGUCAAGAAAAGGAAGUCAAGUUCCAGUGUGCAUUUAAUGCCACAGACCAACAACAAAAACAGCAUAAUAACCCCAGCAAAAGAAAACCCCCCAUUGCAGACAACAAUGGAACCUCAGACAACUGUUGUUCAUAAUGCCACAGAUGGAAUAAAAGGAUCAACUGAGAGCUGUAAUACCACAACUGAAGAUGAAGACUUGAAAGCAUCGCUUCUCUGUCCUGGGGAUGGCCCUUUGCUUCUCCAAGGAUGGAGUCAAAGUGAAAGCAAAAUACAGACUCAGUCCUUGCAGUCACAGUUUGGUUUGUGUACUGCAGCCACUACCCAGUCUUGCGAGGAGAAAGUUCUAGCCUGGGAAAGCCCAGGUCAGACUUUGGAGAUAGAGCAUGCCCAGUCCGAGCCUAUGCUCACUCCAGUUGUACCAUUUUCACUUAGCAAUUCACUGUUGCGAAAACAGGAGAUUAUAAAGAUCACAGAGCAAUUGAUUGAAGCUAUUAACAAUGGAGACUUUGAAGCUUACACGAAGAUCUGUGACCCUGGCUUGACUUCAUUUGAACCUGAAGCUCUUGGUAACCUUGUUGAAGGAAUGGACUUCCAUAAAUUUUAUUUUGACAAUUUGUUGUCCAAGAAUACUAAGCCUAUCCAUACUACCAUCCUAAAUCCCCACGUGCAUGUAAUUGGGGAAGAUGCUGCCUGUAUUGCUUACAUCCGACUUACACAAUACAUUGAUGCCCAGGGACGACCUCGUACUACACAGUCAGAAGAGACAAGAGUCUGGUAUCGUAGAGAUGGCAAGUGGUUGAAUGUCCACUAUCACUGCUCUGGGGCCCCAGCUGCCCCCCUUCAGUGAGGAACCAAUUCAGCCUCUCCCGUGGAAGAACCUCUUUCUAUUGAGCGAGUGUGGAUCGCCCAAACGACGGCAACUGUCCCGUUCGUUCGGAAGUUUUAAAAAAGAUAAAAAAGUACAUAAAAAUUAAAAAAAAUAAAAAAUAUUGAUGCCGGCAGUAGCCAAAAAUGCACGAAAACCCUGCAUGCAUUCUGAGGCUGAAGCAGCUGCUGGCUAAUUUGUUGUAUUUCAUGGAUCCAUCGUGUCUGUUCCUGCUGUACGGAGGUGUUUUUAAAGUUUCAAAAUGAGCAAAAACUAAUAUAAAAUAGUAUAUAUAUAUUGUUUGAUAAAAAUCAGGCUGAGGAUUAUGCAACUGCUUUUAGAAUGAGGAAGGUUGAGACGGCCACCUGAAGCAUCAUUUGGGAAAAAAUACAAAACUAGUAAGAUGUGUAUGGACUAGAUCUUUUCAUUGAAAAAAAGCUGCUGGUUCAUGUAAUGCUGUUGUAGACAAAGGAAGAAGGGGUGCAGUUUUAUGAGGACUGGCGUCUUCAUCUGUUAAGUGUCGACUUUCAAAAGUGAUAAGAUAGAGCCAUGAAAGGAGGUGUUCAUUUUGUUGCAUCCUCUUUAUUUUAUUUUUAAUGACUAUUAAAACCUUCUAGGUAUUGUCAGCUGAGAGCUGUUGGUUAACCUCCAAUGUAGCACUGAGCUGGAGAUAUUGUUAUCCAUCCAUCUGGCUCCCAAGAGCAGAACUUGGUCUAUGUUAAGAAGGGAAUGGGCAGGGGAGAAUUAUUACAGAGAUACAAAGCUAUAUAAAAAUGAAUAUAGAAUGUACAUCCUGCAGAAGGAACCAUUCAUUAGUGGCAAUGUUAAUAUAAUUUUUAGUAUGAACUCUUCAGAGAAAAUAGACAAAAAAUAGAAACUGCCAUGUUAUGGGAAGUGUUAAUGCAUAGACACCUUCCCUUGUGGUAUAUAUGUAAAGGGAGCUGAUAUAUUUUCACAGCGAUAAAGCUUUGUGUACUAUUAAGCAGAUUUGGAUACAGUCUGCUUGUAAGUCAUGUGUGGUCUGUCAUGAGUGAAACGAUACACUGAACUCAAAUGCGUAGAGAUGUAUGCAUGUCUUUCUAUACUUGCCUGCACCUUCUAAACUGUGUGCUCUGAUGGCCCCUCCAUUUUUUUUUAUUCAUUUUUUUUGUGCAAGAGGGUGAAUAGUGUCUGACAACUUCAUUUUUUUUUUUUUUUUUUAAAACAAAGUCUUUAAGAUGUCUACUUUUUGUAAAACCCUCCACUUUCCCUCAUAAACGGUAUCUAAAAUGACAUUCACCUCAUUUGCAAAAUGCCAUUUAGAUUCAAAAGAACUCUUGAUGUUCUUGUUUGUGGGUUGUCCUUUAUAGAGAGCUAGGCUUUCUUUGUAUCCUAUCUGAAUAAGCAGAUGUGUAAUCUAGAUUUUGCAUAUCAAGCGUUGAAGCGUUGUUAAGCAUACAAAUGCACAAACUGUAAUUUGCCUUUUUAGUCACAAGUCCAAUAAACAGCAAUCCACUUUGAGCAUUUAUACAAGCUGAUGUAAAACUGCAACAGAAAGUCUGUUUUUAUGAGUUUUGAAUAUUUUUGGUCGCCUUAAUUACACGCACAAAAUAUAAAAAAAAAAAAAUACAAUAAGACUGAAAUUUGCGUUUUCCUUUCUGAUACGUUUUCUAGUGAAACCUAUGAAAGCGAAUCAAAACCCACAUCAAGGCUCAUCAAUGCGCGUUAACGCAUAUAGUCUUGUAUUUUCAAAAUGUGUUUCAAUGCACUUUCUAUUGAAUGUCAGUGUGUGUGUCACAACACACAUUGUUGUGCAUUAUGAUGCAUCGACAUGCAUCUCAAAGCAUGCAUUUUGACGUGUUUAUAUUGAUUGCAAUGGAAAAUGCAUUAAAAAAAAAUCCCAGCAAAGAUGCAAGUCAAGCUAAUAGGAAAAAGAAGGCUCUUUAAAGGUUUGCUGUUGGAAAUUGUUAAAUUGCCAUUGUUGCACAAUUUGGGCUUAAAAAAAAAAUGUUUUGAUAGGUGCAUGUCAUGGUAUGUCAACCCCACUUGUGAUAAAUUUAAUAGUAUGUUGGGCUUACAGAAGACAUUUGUAUUUGUGAAAAUUUGCACAUGGCCUAAGCAUGUUCUCCAGAAUUCCUGAGAUGACCAGUGCAAGAUGUAAUGGAAAGAAAUUAUUAGAUGGCUAAGUAUUAAAUCAGAUAUUGACAUAGACGAGAAUGGGGUUAAUACAAAUCAGUUUGGAAUGCUUGUGUGAAAUUUAUAAGAGCACACGGGUGGGGGGAUGGGGGGAGGGGGGGGGGCUUUUUUCAUGGUUUUCAGGGAGAAUUUUUUUUUUUAGUUUUUAUUUAAACGGCACUAAAUCUUAACAAGCUGGGAAGAAAAGCUUUUGGCUUUUUAAGUUAAAAGGGAAAACCAAACAAAAAAUAUAUGCAGUUAAGAAAAGUUAUGCAUGUCUUCUUUAGGUCUGCUCUGUCACUGUCUGUUUACUUGAUUAAUGAUAUGAGAAUCGCUCUGUAUUUAGUGCAUCUUUCUAAGAACAAUUAAAAAACUUUAUAUUUUUCUGUUAUUUUUUUUCUUUUCUUUUGCACUGUCUUUGGGGAUUUUUUUCUUUUUAAGUUAAUAAAAAAAAAACUUAGCUUGGUAUGGUCAUUAUCUGACAAACCACUUCUAGCAUUGUUACUGUUAUCUUAUGGGGCUAAUGUAAGCAUAUAUAUAAUAUAUAUUAUAAAUAUCACGUUUUAAACAGGACUUGGAAAGGCAUUUGAUGCAGAAUCUUUGCAUGAUAAUAGAAAAUAAAACAAUUACCCUGUGUUUGUUUGUUCUGAAUGUUGGUAGAUCUUCAUAGCUUUGUUAUAUUGAAACCUUGGAAGAAGGUAUUUAAUAAAAUAACAAUUAAACCAUG